CGCGGGGCGCGGCGUCUUCAUGAGGAAGUUGUGAGGCAGAACUAAGCCUGCCAGGCCUGGGCCGACCGAGGCGGGGCCCGGGCGUGGCGCCGCCGCUGUCUCGUCAUUCUCAGGAGAUGAGGUGGAAGCGACGUCCGGGAGGAGGAGGAGGAGGAGGAGCCACGCCGGCGGAGGGGAGCCGGCUCUCGGGCAGGAACCCCAAGUGAACCGGGCUCCUGCCUAGCGGGGGGCUCCCUCUGUGGGGGGCUCGGGAAAGGGAGGGUAAGCCGGAAGUCCCGCCCCUCCGCGGGAGGCAUCGGGGGCCAUGGACGCCGCGACGCUGGAGCGGGACGCGGUGCACUUCGCUCAGCUGGCGGUGCAGAAGGACCAGGGAGGCCGUUACCAGGAGGCGGUGUUCUACUACAAGGAAGCUGCACAAGCCUUAAUUUACGCUGGGAUGGCAGGUUCAACCUUAGAAAACAUUCAAGAUAAAAUAAAUGAGUAUUUGGAAAGAGUUCAGGCUCUCUAUUCAGCGGUUCAGUCACAGAAGUGUGAUCCUUUGAAGCCAAAGCAGCAGUUGGAUUUGGAACGUGCCCGUUUCCUGGUGACACAGGCUUUUGAUGAAGAUGAUAAAGGCAAUGUUGAAGAAGCUAUAGAACUAUACACAGAAGCAGUGGAUCUCUGUCUGAAAACAUCUAAUGAAACUUCUGACCAGUCCUUGCAAAGUAAACUGAAACAGUUGGCUCGACAAGCUCUGGAUAGAGCAGAAGCAUUGAAAGAAUCUAUGUCAAAGCCAUCUCAAAAAGACAAACCAGCUGCAGUUAAAUCAAAUCAGCCAAUCAGAACGUUUUUCCCACUGGGACCUGAUUUUUCCUUGAAUGACAAACCUCAAACAGUUAGAACUGUGCAGUCAAGUGAACCUCAGGGGCAGAGAUACACAGCAGAAGAAAUAGAAGUUCUCAGAAAGACAUCUAAAAUAAAUGGUAUUGAAUAUGUUCCUUUCAUGAAUGUUGACUUGAGAGAACGCUUUGCCUUUCCAGUGCCAUUUUCUGAUAAAUGUGGCAAGUUACCAUUAUCACCAAAACAAAAGGCAAUAUUUUCUAAAUGGGUGCGGCCAGAUGAUCUCACUAACAAUCCUACAAUGAUCUAUACCGUAUCCAGCUUCAGCAUCAAGCAAACGAUAGUAUCAGACUGUUCCUUUGUGGCAUCACUAGCUAUCAGCGCAGCUUAUGAGAGACGGUAUAAUAAGAAAUUAAUUACAAGCAUAAUUUAUCCUCAGAAUAAGAAAGGUGAACCAGAGUAUAAUCCAUGUGGGAAAUACAUGGUAAAACUUCAUAUUAAUGGUGUUCCAAGAAAAGUAAUAAUAGAUGACCAAUUACCAGUUGAUCGAAAUGGAGAACUACUCUGUUCUUAUUCUAACAAUAAAAGUGAAUUGUGGGUGUCUCUCAUAGAAAAGGCUUAUAUGAAGGUCAUGGGAGGAUAUGAUUUUCCAGGAUCCAAUUCAAACAUUGAUCUUCAUGCACUUACUGGGUGGAUACCAGAAAGGAUUGCUAUGCAUUCAGACAGUCAGAAUUUCAAUAAAGAGAGCUCUUUCAGAAUGCUUUACCAAAGAUUUCACAAAGGAGAUGUUCUUAUCACCACAGCUACUGGAGUGAUGUCUGAAGAGGAAGGAGAGAAGUGGGGCCUGGUUCCCACACAUGCAUAUGCGGUUCUGGACAUCAGAGAAUAUAAGGGUCUGCAAUUUAUCCAGUUGAAAAACCCUUGGAGUCAUUUACGUUGGAAAGGAAGAUACAGUGAAAAUGAUUUGAGAAACUGGACUCCGGAGUUACAAAAAUACUUAAAUUUUGAUCCAAGAACAGCCCAGAAAAUAGACAAUGGUAUUUUCUGGAUCUCUUGGGAGGAUCUGUGCCAAUAUUUUGAUGUGAUUUAUUUGAGUUGGAACCCAAGUCUUUUUAGAGAAUCAACAUGUAUUCACAGUACCUGGGAUGCUAAGCAUGGUCCUGUGAAAGAUGUGUACAGCCUGGCAAACAAUCCCCAAUAUAAACUGGAAGUUCACUGUCCACAAGGUGGCACUGCAGUCUGGGUUCUGCUUAGUAGACACAUAACUGACAAGGAUGAUUUUGCAAAUAAUCGAGAAUUCAUCACAAUGGUAGUAUAUAAGAGUGACGGGAAAAAAAUUUACUACCCAGCUGACCCUCCUCCAUAUAUUGACGGAAUUCGCAUCAAUAGUCCCCACUAUCUAACCAAGAUAAAGUUGACAACCCCAGGGCCUCAUAUGUUUACACUAGUAGUAUCUCAAUAUGAGAAACAGAACACCAUCCACUACACAGUCAGGGUGUAUUCGGCAUGUAAAUUUACUUUUUCAAAGAUUCCUACACCAUAUGUUGUAUCAAAAAGGAUUAAUGGGCAAUGGAAAGGUCAAAGUGCUGGAGGAUGUGGGAAUUUUAGGGAUUCCCACAAGAAGAACCCCAUCUACCAAUUUCAGUUGGAAAAAGCUGGACCUCUACUGAUUGAGCUAAGAGGACCAAGGCAAUAUAGUGUUGGGUUUGAACUCAUCACAGUAUCAGUGGUAGGAGAUCCUGGCUCUUCAGGCUUUCAGAAGAAAAGCAGUGGCGACUAUAGAUGUGGAUUUUGUUAUCUCGAAGUGGAAAAUAUCCCUACUGGAAUCUACAAUAUCAUCCCCAGUACCUUUUUGCCUAAACAAGAAGGUCCCUUUUUCUUGGACUUCAAUAGUGUUGUCCCUAUCAAGGUAACACAGCUUCAGUGACUGAGAAAUUACUACAGUAAAUACUGGACUUGACUCAGUGGCAUCCACCAAAUAUGAACUGUCCUGUUCCUACAAAGAAUGUAAGUUUACAGAUGAACUUGUACAUCUCAGACUGUAUGUCUUGGGCUACUAUUUACUAAAAUGAAUCAUGUCUCCAUCUUUAGACUCACAAUUAUUUAUUUAUGACUGAGGAUUUUGUCACUCAGGUAUUAUCAAGGAACAGAACUUAGCAUGACAAUGCUUAACAGAACAAAUUCUUUAAAUUACACAUAUAUCUCAUAUGAAAUCAUGUAGAUAGAAGAAUGGAAGUAUUUUGCCUAUUCCAGCUUUGUGGUUUAUCUUGUAUCAAGUUUGAAAAUGACAGGAUCCUCCGAGAUGAUGAAGAUAUCAGUUGUUUUUUGUUUUUUGUUUUUUACACUCUUUUCUAUUCACUUUGAUACUUUUUAGUUCUCUUUCUUAUGGAAAACAUCACUUUGAAAAAAGUGCAAUUGAGAGCUUAAAUAAGAGUUUAAUUUAAGAGUAAUAUUAAUAUGAUUAUUUUGAUUCAGGAUAAAAUGAAUUUUCUAGUCAUUAAUGUCAUUUUAAAAAUUCCUAAAUGUUUACCUAAGCACUUUGGGAAGAUUUGUAGAUUUUAAAGAAUUUGAAAAUUUGAUACUCAGAUUUUCUCUACCUUAUUAGUAAGAACAUUUAAUUUGACAUUAACAUGGCUUUUUAUUUCAGUGAAAGAUGUUUAUUACAGCCUUCUGAAUAAUUGUGCAGUUUAACUUUAACCCAAGAAACCAAAUAGGAAAUAAAAUGUUUCUUGUACCUACUUUCUUGUUAAUCUGAAAGAGAGUAAGUCCCAUGGGUCACAUUUUAAUGACCUUAGAUCAUGCUUCAGUUAAAAAACGUAUCUUAAAACUCUUGUUCUAAAUUUUAGGAGUAUAGAUUUAUUCUGUUAAUGUAUUUGUGCCUGGGGUGAUCUCCAUUUUAGUAGAUUAAGGAAACAAUUUUGUUGUGGUUUUGUUCCAUGUAAGAAGGUCAAGAAGGGUACUAAGCACACAUCUUGUCUUCUCUUGCCGUUCUUAUGCUGUUCAUCUGAAAGCCUGAUGCCCCAGAGACCCCAGAGUCCAGCCACCUCCUCAUCCCUUCCCCGACUUCAUUGUAUGUGACAUUGUUCACACACACACACACACACACACACACACACAUUUGUGUAUACAUGAGGAGUUACAUGUACCUGUCUUAUUGAUUUCAAGUCUGAACUGCCUAUUUUAUAGACAAUUUUUAUGCGUCUUGUUUCCAUUGUUAUUGCUUGUUUUUCUCCUUGGCACUUUAAUUUACUUCUCUCUCUCUCAAAAUGAAGUAACUGCCAAUAUGUUUCUUGUUGCCACGUGUCCCCUUUAUGUCUGUCUUUUCACCAUUUUGGAGGCUUUCUUUGAUCUUCAUAUUUUAGAGGCAAACCUUGCGUAUGUGAGAGCUCUGGCACUGACUAUGCAGUGUUAAGCAGAGAGAACCAAGAUUACUCUAGGUAUUCACACAGGGCCAAGGUUUUGGGGAGAAAGGAAGAUGGCUCAGGAAGAACUGAUGAUGACAGGGCGUCCAUUAGGCCCUGAGCUAGUCAGAUGGAUAGACUCUGAAUUAGUCCAUCCGUGGGGCAGAAGGUACCAAAAGUAAUGAGAUCACUUUGAGGAAGUAGGAUUGUAGUGACCUUUUGCUUUCUGCCAAUUCAGGAUUUUGUUCUGGUAUUUUGAAUUCUAGUUGGUAUACAUGAGUACAGUACACACAUUAAUUUGGUACCACCCCAGAACAUGGACCAUCAGAGUUGGAUCAGGAUAAGAAUGGUACCUGUGGCUUAGAGGAUGUGGGGGCUCCUAGGGAGGAGCUUCUUCUAUCCCUUUGGUCAGUAGUUUAUCUGCAACUUAAUCUCAGGAGUUAUGAAGCACUUCAAUUCAACAAACUAGUACAAGCCAGAUUACUUUGGAUGAGAUGCUGGGAAUAUAAUAACUAGUUCACCUUAGGGUUACUUUAAAAGCAACACUGAGCAUGGUGCAUUCUGACCAGUUCCCAUUCCAUGACUGGUUGGAUUAACUUUCAAAACCCUUUAAUUCUGCUGUAUGCUCUCAGAAGUUCAGACUGUCAGAACUAUAUGGUGUCAAUUAUUUGAAUUUUUGAUGAUCACAGCUAUUUCUGCCUUCUAGACAACAUUUGCUAUUAUAGUACCAGGUAUAGUAACUAUUUUAGAAUCUUAAAAGUAGUAUCUUACUAAAGUAUAUUAAUUUUCCUAUAACAAGCACAUAUUCGAUAAAGUGGCAGGAAGGUGAUGAGCUAGGUGUGUAGUGCAACUAUAUCAUUUCUAGCUAUUUUAAAUAAUUUUGGGAGAUUAGAUUAAUGCUAUUCAUUGGUCCUUUUAGUAUUUGUGAUGAAAUAGAGAAAUAUUAGACAUUCCUGAAGAUUAAAUUGAAAUCUAAACUUAUUUGAUGUUCUUAAUCCACAUAAAUAUCAAGAUACUGAGAUCACAAAAGUAAUUUUGGACCUGAAUUUUCAGACUGAAACAUGCAAGAACAAAAAAUUUUUAGAAGUCUUAAACUUAGAGUUGUGUUAGGAACUGCCAUCAUUUUGUCAUCUCUCUUAUAAGCUCUAAUACUAGAGAAUACUGUUGUUCCUUCACCUGUAUCUGAUAUUUUAUGAUCCCAGUGGAUUAUUGCACACAAGGUCCUUCUAUGCUUCCUGAUCUCCUGAACUCUGUUCACACUCAUGUUUGUUGCUUCCAUGAUGCAGUUGAUCAAUCUCAUGCUCUGAUUUUCCCAUUUCCAUUUGCCUUCAGAUUUUCCCAAUAUCAGGGUCUUUUCCAGUGAGUCUCAUAUUCUCAUUAUGCAGCCAAAGUAUUUAAGCAUCAGCUUCUAUAUUUGACUUUCCAGUGAAUGGUCUGUGUUCAUUCCUUUAAGUAUCAAUUUAUUUGAUUUCCUUAUUGUCCAAGGGACUCUGCAGAUUCUUCUUCACCCGCCGUUUGUGGGCUCAGGCUUCUUGAUAGCUUGGCUCUCACAGGCUGCUGGGAAACUCCUGCUUGGACCGUAGAGAUCAGAGUGCAGCCACAUGACUAGCUGUGGGCAGUGGUGGACAGCUGUGGACAUGUCCUGGGGGGUUUGGGGAGCGCGCUCAUUAAAAUCUCUUAACGUCUUGAAUGUGAGUCUUGGGAGGAUAGCAAGCUAGCACAUGAUGAUUUAAAACGCUCUCCUGUGUGUUCUUAUUGUCCCACCAAAGAUGAUGUAUUUUUUUAAACGUAAUUUUUGCAGCCUGUUCAAAUGUACUAAACUUGGUUUAUUUCUGUGAUUCCAGCUUGGGAUAGGCAUUAAACUAACUUUGCCCAUGACUAAGAAGAUGAGAAGAGGAGGUUAGUUGUGGCCUGGGGAUAGUGGACAAAGAAGUAAAGGACCCCCUCCCGAUGUGAAAGGCAAGAAACAAGUAAAUGGACUAAGUCCUCCUGCCUCCAGUGUUGUCCACUGCAUCUGAGAGGUGGACUUCGUCUUGUAGUGGUUCCGAUUGAGACAUAGCCCAGGGCCUGGAGCACAGUAGGUCCUUACACAGGACUGACUAGCUGGCCUGAAAGGAGUCUCAUUUGUGCUCUACUUGCUGUGUGAUUCUUGGCUCCUCAUGGGUAAAAUUCAAGGGUUGACUGAAAUGGUCACUUGCUGCUGUGAAUGGGGUUCUGAGCAGCUGUUGUGAUGAAGGCGAGGUCAGUCCUUGGUCUCCUGCAUGGCCGUCUGCCUCCCCGAGCUAUGGGCUUAACUGCCCGUGGUGGGGGAUGGUCCCACUCCUAACAAUUCUUGGUCAUUCACCUAACUGUUGGCUAAGAGUGUUCCCUGAGACCCAUAAUGUACUUGUACACUACAUCGAUGUAGCCCUGACUGUGAGUUAAGUUGGAUUUUCUCCCUCCCUAUAAAAUGAGGAUUCUCCCACAGCAUGUCAGGUUUUCUCCCACAACAUGUCAGGUUUUCCCGAGACUGCCUACACCUUUAGCCAUUGCCUCCAAUUUGUUGUGUCUCAGGAGUGGAGCUUUAGAGAUGGCAAAGACCCCAAGGGCCUUCAGCCCACAUCCUGGGUAGUGCCGGGGGCUGUCAGAAUCUGAAUCCAUUCCUGUAAACAUGAGGCAGGUCACACUUGGCUCUUGUCAGCCACAGGCCUUCUCAGCUGCCAUGCAUGGUGCAUGGCACUGGGGGCACAGAGACAAAAGGGAAACCUUACAUUCGACCCAAGGAUUUUCCAUGUGUACAAUAUGCAUGGGGGUAUGAGGAGAGAGAGCUCCUAGCAGCGCCAGGAAAAGCUUUCUGUACAACCAUGGGUCCUGGGAUCCUCAUGCUUUUUAUAGCUCUAAUAACUGUGUUUUGCUUAAGCUGGUUUCCUCUAUAAUCCUCUGGUUUAUUUUAUGCAUUUAAAAACCUUAAUCUGAGAAAGGGGUCCAUUAGGUCUCACCAGGCUGCCAAGGGUUCCACAACACAGAACAAAUUAAGAAAAAUGAAUCUGUGCCCAUGAUAAGCCAUAGAAAACAUCUCUGUGACCUGCCCACGUGUCUGUGGACAGUAUCCAGUUCCACUAGUCUGUGAUCUUCAUGCCCAUGGUUGUACUAACCCUUGUUUGUGGUCUUCUCCUUCUCCCUGCUCUCUGUGCAGCUGGCACUCUGGGUUUGAGCCAGCUGCUGCCAGAGCUGCUAUCAAGGGCUCACCCCAUUCUCCAGAAAAGUCAUGGAUGGAAGGUUUGUUCCCAAGCCUGUGAAGGUGUCUCCAUUUAUCUGCAGCUUGGAGGAGAGAAGGAUUUCCUAGAAGAAUUCCCUCCUAACUGAAAUAACCACAGAGAAGUCCCUUAAUGUCCGGGUGCCAUCAUCCAUUCUCCUGUGACAGUUGGGACUUACCCACUUUUUAAAGAAAAUAUUUACAAGAUGGAUUCCCCACACCCUGGUGCCUCAGACUUUUCAUCUUUUCUGGUUAGUGCCAAGGCUGUCAUUCUGCAUAAGAACCAGGACCGUGUCACUUCCUUGGGAAGAUAGGGCCAGGCUGUUGGCCCUGUGAUUUUUUUGUCCCUUGCCUAUCAUCAGUCGAUGCUUCUUGCAGCCACUUCUGGCCUUUCCUCCUGUCCUGGUCUGGUUUGCUGGAAACUUGGAAAGUGUGAGCUGAGAGUAGUCUGCCUCCAAGCAAGCCUUGAAGGUCCCUCCUCUCACAGAGCCCAUGGACUUGCUGCACGGGACCUGUUUAUUCCUUGGUUCUUGACUGUCUUAGAUGGUGAGGGAGCAUUGCUGUGCACAGAGCAGUGCCCCCCAGCUCCUCUGAAUGGCACCCCACUCUUAAGGCAGUCCCUUCCCUUCAUCUCAGUUUAUACAUCUGUGAAAGAAGGAGACUGAAGCAAGUGAUGUGAGGGGGCUGUGUCACUGGUGCCCACUCUGAUACUUCCAGAGCCUCUCUCCUUUGGGGGGCAGAAAGGAAGUUAAUUAUUUUCCUUGAAAAGUCCAUAAUGUCCGCUAAGACCCAGACUGGUCAGAGCGAGCACCAGCUUGACAAAGAGACAGAGCUUGUGCAGAGCAGAGUAUGCUGGUGAAUGGGGGCAGGCGGAGUUUCACAGGGACGCUCAGGGUUUUCCUGGCUCUAGGGAAGCUUUUGGCCAUGGAGUAACAGAAAGCAGAGGAGAGGAAGCUUUGGAAUCAGGAAGAAUGAAGACCCAGAGCCAUGUUCUGACCAGUAUUUUUUCAUAUUUUACUUACGCAAAGAUACAACCACUAAGGGUCCAACAACUGGCUGCAGGAAUUCUGACCCGUGUCCUGGAAUGAAGUGCUGGAUCCUGCUCCCCCAGAUUGUUUGAAGGCUCAAUAUAGGCCUGGCCCACCUCCCCCUCAUCCCAUUUAAGAUGGCCCCAAGUCACGGAGCGUGGAACAUUUAUUAAGCACCUGUUAUUGUCAUUUUAGUUAUAUCCCAAUUCAUGACUCCACUUAAGAGUUAGUUUGGUAUUUUUGGCAAAGAUAUUGGAGUGGUUAACCAUUUCCCUCCAGCUCAUUUUACAGAUGAGAAAACUGAGGCAAAUGGGUUUAAGUGACUUUCCUGGGGGCCCAGAGUGUCUAAGGUCAGAUUUGAACCCAGGAGGAUGUCUCCCUGAUUGUAGGCUAAGGGAUUCUAUCUCUCCCUGAUUGUAGGCUCAGGGAUCUAUCUGCUGCACCAGCUAACAACUCUUUGUAAGCACCCACUAUGGGCCCAGCACUGUGCAAAGUGCUAGAGAUGCCGACAAAGAAAAUCCGGUCCUUUCUCAAGGAGCUUGCCUUCCAUGGGAGAUGAGUAAUUGUGCGUAAGUGUCUACAGAAUACAUAUACAGAGAAUAAAUACAAGUUUGGAAGAGAAGGCGCCGGGGAAGGCUGGGUUCUGAAACACAGGUGAGGGAGGCUGUUCCAGCUUGGAGGCCAAGAGGCCAAUGUUGUGGCUGACAAACAGGUUGAAGGGCAUUGCUCUGCCCCGAGAAAUGAUCCUUGUAAAGGUGGCAAAGGCAGGCUGGGCCACUGGAGAUGUGAGAGAGGAGAAGCGCCGGGCACUCCCCCUGCCAGCCUGGAGGGAUGACCUACAGGAAGAGGAGCAUUUACAGCCAGUAGAGAAGCUCUGUUUGUGGACGGGCCAGAGUGUGGGUGUCUUAAGGAUGAGUACAGGAGGUUUGGCACAGGGACCCCUGCAGGGAGGGCCACUGGACAUCCCUGAGCUAAGGGUGAAUGGGACAUAGCCGGGCAAAAGCCCAGAGGGAGGGCUUGUGAGAAGCGAUGGGGUUGUGCUCUUGCCUUGGUGCCUCCUGGGCAUUGGGCAGGCACAGUGCCCAAAUGCUUCUUUGUAGCCAUCGUCUUGGUUUUGAACCCCAGGCCUGACAUGGAGGCAUCUAGGAUUUAGACCUGGAGAGGAGCCUCAGAAGCCUGAGGUUCCCUGCCCACCCUCCUGAUGAGGGUUCUCCCUAAAGUCCUCUUGGCAGAGGAUGGUAGGGAGAAAUGAGACCUUGGGUUGAAAGCUGGAGCGAUCCCUGAGGCUGAAAUCCUUGAGCUUGGGGAACUUGGUGCUUUGUCCCUUAGAGGUCAUUUACUCCAUGCUGACCCUGAAGAAGGUAGGCUUGGAGCUGGAAAGGCUGCAGCUCCCUGGGCCUCAUCGAGUAAAGGCCUCUUAAACUGUAGGUCAUAACCUCAGAUGGAGUCUCAUAACCGAAUGUGGGAGUUGUGAAAUUAUGAUUUAUCCUCAGUAAAUGUUGGGUUUGUAUGUCUACCUUAUAUACCCAAGUGGAAAAAGCUUAAGGAACUUUGGUCACUUCCAGCUCCAAGUCCAUGUCCAGCAGUUCCAUAUGAAGCUUUAUUCUUUCCCUAUAGUUUUUCAUUUUAUGGUGAAAGGCAUCCAUGACUCAGUCCUCCUAUACUGUUUGCAGCUGGGUAUAAAAUGAACCUAGAGCAAACCAUGUGAGUUUUAUGUUAUGACCCCCCUUUUUUUGUUGCCAUGCAAUUAAAUUGAUCUUUAAAAGAACUUAUCAGGGAACCAGGAGGGGGCAUGGGAAAAGUGAGUAUCACUACUUUGGGAUUCUAGUUUGAAAGAAGCAAAUAUGGGUUUUAAGAUCUUAACUGAAAGCAAGAAUAAGGGGCAGCUGCACAAUCAGAUUAUUUGUUUGCUACUUCUUGGAGGAAACUGGUCCUCAAAAGUGAUAUAGGCCCAGAGCCGAAAAGGGCAGUCCCAUCUCCAACUGGGUUGUGUUUGUCUCCUGCUUUUCUUUGUAACAAGAAGCAGAGUGUGGGGAGAGCAGGAAUCGGCUUCUUUCUGAUGUAGGGAGGGGGGGUUGUGGAUGGAGUCACCCAGACUUGGCCACUGCUAUGAGAUUCUGUUUUUAUUACAUUCAAGGUAUGAAGACAAGUACAAAAUAACUUUGAAAUCAGGAUAACCGUAUCCGUCCAUAAAAAAUAGGGAAAAUUGAAGGUUUACCAGUGUGAAGAAUUUUACAAACAUGACUAAAUAUUCAAGCUCAGGCAGGAAAAGCAACAAUCAAAAGAAAAAACCCAAGGAGACCUCAUCACGUGAAAGUGAUUGAGAGUUUGUGUGGUUGGGGUGUGGGAGGGGUUUCUUCCCAGCCCCACAACUAACCAAAGAGGGACAGCUACGGUGCUUUGUUAUUUGAAACCACCAAAACUUGAAGAAAAAUAAUCCUACGCUUACAACUAGGAGCAUAACUACUAGGUCUAGCUGCUAUGGGCAGCCUUGGCCAAGACAUGCCUGACUCCCUUUUUCUAGCUUGGAAGGAACAGCGUCUGGAACGUACGCUAGAGCGGCAUAAAUAA